CGGCGCGCCGCGCAGCCCAGCCGAGCCUCCGGGGCCCCGCCAGCCCAGCCGGCCGCCUCCCCAGCCUCCGGGCCGCCGGGCCGCCACCCCCGGUCCGCGCCCAGCUCCGCGGGAACCGGCCGGCGCGCCGCACGUUCUAGGGCUCUGCAGGCCACGGGCAUGAUGCUCCGGGUUCUGGUGGGGGCUGUCCUCCCCGCCAUGCUGCUGGCCGCCCCCCCGCCCAUCAACAAGCUGGCGCUGUUCCCGGACAAGAGCGCCUGGUGUGAGGCCAAGAACAUCACCCAGAUCGUGGGCCACAGCGGCUGUGAGGCCAAGUCCAUCCAGAACAGGGCAUGCCUGGGACAGUGCUUCAGCUACAGUGUCCCCAACACCUUCCCGCAGUCUACAGAGUCCCUGGUGCACUGCGACUCCUGCAUGCCAGCCCAGUCCAUGUGGGAGAUUGUCACGCUGGAGUGCCCCGGCCACGAGGAGGUGCCCAGGGUGGACAAGCUGGUGGAGAAGAUCCUGCACUGCAGCUGCCAGGCGUGUGGCAAGGAGCCGAGUCACGAGGGGCUGAGCGUCUACGUGCAGGGCGAGGACGGCCCGGGCGCCCAGCCCGGCCCCCACCCCCACCCCCACCCCCAUUCCCACCUCCACCCCAAAGGGGGGCAGACCCCUGAGCCCGAGGAACCCCCCGGGGCCCCCCACACCGAGGAGGAGGGGGCUGAGGACUGAGGCCCUCCACUCUUCCUCCCCGCGCGUCCCCCGUGGGAUGCUGGGAGAAGUGUGUGGGGAGAGGCUGAAGCCCCCCUUUGGCACUGGAUGGACUUGGAUUCAGACUUGGGCUUGGAAUGCUUCCCGGUUGCCGUGGAGACCUGAGGGGAGGGGCGGGAGCCAGGCCGCACAAUUUAAUAUAUUUGAGAGUGGGGGGAGGCCGCUUCGUCAGGGGGGGCUCCCUUCCUCUCUGCCUCCUAGGGAUGCGCCCUCGGGAGGGGAGAGCGCUGGCUAAGCCACUGAUGUGGGGGGAGGCCGUGCAGAUGGCGGAGCCGGGCUAAGGCCCACACAGCCUCUGGUGGGGCAGGCCCCUGGGCACAGGUGGAGCUGGGCCCUGAGCUGAGGUGGGUACUUGCCACAGUGGCCCUGAAGGAGGGGCUGGGGCUGGGCUGGGCAGGCCACUGGCAGCAGCGGGAGCUCCAGCCCCACAGGCCUUCCCAGAGGCCUCAGCCCACCCCCAUGCCCAGCGCACCUUCUCCCCUUGCACUGAAGUGGCUCUCCCCCCGUGGUUGGGAGUCAGGCCUGGGCAGGACCCUGCUGACUUGUGGGCCUCUGGUUUUCUCUGCUUUCCAGGGGAUGGAGGGAGGCAGGGAGGCCAGGGGGUGGGAGGGACCCCAGCCCAUCAGCAGGAGAGCAUCCCUCCUUUUCUCUGAGAUCGUUGUGCCUCCCACGGCCCCCUACCUGCCAGGCCCCUCAGAAAGCUGAUGAGACAGCCUCACCCUGUUGGGGAAACUCUUUCUCAAUCCCUGAUGGUGGGGAGGGUCUCCCUUGCUCAGAUCCCAAGGAGGGGCCUGGGGGGUGGACUCUGGCUGAGCCGCAGGGGCGAGGGCUCUGUGUUCACUGUGGCUCUGGCUGCCUGUCCCAGCCGCCUCCCCCUCCCACUGCACUUUAACCCCGAGGAGGUGCGGGAUCCGGUCCGGGGCGGGGCAGGCGGUGGGAAGAACUGCCGGAGUCCGCUCUUCUGUCCCCAGCUCUGUCCCCAGCAGCAUCCAGCCCCAUGGCCCCCUGCCUGAGGGUGCCCUGCUCCUCAUGGCUGUUCCGACAAGAGCUUCUGGAGCUUGUAACCAGUAGAUUGUCCCCCUGAUGGACCCUGAGUGUUCUCACGAAUAAAUCUGUUCAACGCC